AAGGCCUGAAAUUUUGAGCGCCAAAUUCAAAAGCCGUUGAAAACUUUCCCGCUAAAACCUAUAACUGCUGGACCACAGCACAUUACGCUGCCUCUGCUCCGCGACCCAUUUUCCUUAACUUUCUCACAGUUUUUUCUCUCACCAAACACUAGAAAACAGGUUUCGAAAAGGCAAGUAUGCACGGAAGAUUGGCGUGCCGUCUUGUAAAAGAACUAACGACCGGCGAAAAAGGUCAGCUUCAGCCUUUCAAUGACGACCUGUUAAACGAAGUAACCAAAGAGUGCAGUGAAAAUUUUGUUGUGCUUCAGUCUUUGAUAAGGAAAAUGCAGGAAGAAGGAUUGGAUUUCCAAACAACAAGAAAUGCGGAUCAUUAUGGAGCACUCAUCAACCACCUUUCUUUAAUUCGGAACAAGCGCUGCUUAAUGGCUUAUGUGUACAAUCGAGCAGAAAUGAUACAGAAUUUAGCAUGGAAAGUAGGGCUUAGGCUCUUUGAACUUCCAGAAGAAAUUCAGGAGAAGCUCAGCCAUUUGGAGAAGGAGUAUUUUAAGAGGCAUUCUGCUGCUUUGGAAUCAUACAUGUCAAAAAUAGAUCUUGAUUUGAAUGUGGAUAUGGUGCCACCAAAAGACCCUUACAUCAAGGUGAGGGUUCUUGAUGAUGUUGGUGAAGGAAUAGUAGUAAGUGAUAAGGCAGCCAAUUUUGCUCGCCAUUCAAUGCACUUUCUUAAACGAACAGAUGCGGAGCCAUACAUCUCACGGGGUCUGAUGGAAGAGCUCACUGGAUAACUCAGAAUUCUGGUACAACAUUUCACAUAUUGCUUAUCUGGCAUGUAAAUUCCUAAUUUUUCUUAAUAAUACAUAUUAACCUGAGAAUGAGUAAGUUGAGCAGCUUUGUCAUUCGGAAAGACCGGACAGAAAAUAUAAGAUACUAGCUUUUGGAUGCUUUUACAUUGUUAUAUUUUGCUGAGAUUUUGAAUUGUAAAUUAUGGAUGUUUCCAUUUUGUCUUUUGUUUGAUGGGCCUUUUUUGACAGUAAA